AUGAGCUAUGCAGAGAAACCAGACGACAUAACAAGGGACGAAUGGAUGGAUAAGCUCAACAAUGUCCACAUACAGAGAGCUGAUAUGAACAGACUUAUUAUGAACUACUUGGUGACAGAGGGAUUCAAGGAGGCUGCAGAGAAGUUCAGAAUGGAGUCUGGAAUUGAGCCGAGCGUGGACUUGGAAUCCCUUGAUGAAAGAAUCAAGAUCAGAGAAAUGAUUCUGAAGGGACAGAUCCAGGAUGCUAUUGCGCUGAUCAACAGUCUGCAUCCGGAAUUGCUGGAUACAAAUCGCUACCUUUACUUUCACUUGCAGCAGCAGCAUCUUAUUGAGCUCAUCCGCCUGAGGGAGACUGAGGCGGCCCUUGAAUUCGCCCAGUCUCAGUUAGCAGAGCAGGGAGAAGAGAGCCGAGAAUGUCUGACUGAGAUGGAGAGGACACUGGCCCUGCUUGCGUUCGAUAACCCCGAAGAGUCACCUUUCGGAGAUCUGCUCAAUAUGAUGCAGAGGCAAAAGGUGUGGAGCGAAGUGAAUCAGUCUGUGCUCGACUAUGAAAACCGGGAGUCAACACCCAAGUUGGCCAAACUUCUGAAACUGCUGCUGUGGGCUCAAAAUGAACUGGACCAAAAGAAAGUGAAGUAUCCAAAAAUGACAGACCUGAGUAAGGGGACCAUCGAGGAGCCAAAAUAA